AUGUCUGUAGAGGACGUGUGGUUUGACAGAUCAUCAGCAUUGUAUCAAGUAGCAAAUCAGCAAGGGUUCCUGCCUCCUAGAACAGUGCCUGUGUACAGCAACCUCAGUAUCAGAUUCCUGUGUUCCGAUACCUUGGAGAUUUUAAGAACUUGUGGACAAAUCCUUGUUCCACCCAGUUUUGGAGAUAUUUUCAACACUUUAUGUCAGUGGAUUGAACCAUUUGUUUCUCAUUCUAAAAGAAUAAAUGAUAUUGAGCUGAGUCCAAUCUUUCUCCUUUCGGGGAAUAAUGGCACGGGGAAGUCACUGCUACUGCAGACUCUCAGCCAAUACCAUGGGCUGCACUACUGGAGAGUGGAUUGUGUUAAUGUGGGUGGAGCAGCGCCAGGACAGUCCGAGGCCAAAGUUAAAGCGAUUUUCAGUCAGCUAAAAGGCCUUGCACCUUGUCUCUUACACCUCGCCAACAUCGAGGAUUUAUGCCAAGAUGCAGACUCCAAAGAAGACGUCCGUGUACUGAACUGUUUCAAGCAGCAAGUUCGGCUCUUGAAGUCAAAAUGGCCUCUUGUGAUAAUAGCUACAACUCAAUAUAUCGAGCGUAUCAACUCCAGCAUUAACCAGUUAUUUCUGGAAACGGCCACUUUGAAAGUUCCCAACUGUGAGCAAAGAGAAGAUAUAAUUCAGUACUUUUUUUAUUGCAACGGUAAACAAGUUGAUACUAAAGUCUUGCAAAUGGUGGCUUCUCAGACGUCAGGUUUUGCAUUUAGAGAUCUCCAAGUGCUAGUUGCUCUUGCUUUCAAAGAGAAAUUCAAGAGGACUAAGGAAGGGAAUGAAGAAAAUGACUUCAUAUUUUCUGAUUUCUCCAAAACUAUAAGUCUCAUGCACAAGGCAUAUUCCGAGUCAAUUGGCACGCCAAAAGUUCCUUCUGUGUCAUGGAAAGAUGUUGGAGGCUUAGAACAUUUGAAGAAGGAAAUAUUACGUUCCCUGAAGAGCAACAUGUUUAAUUCAGGAUUAAAAAGAUCAG